GUUUGUCUCACAUUAUAUUUUGUAUUUUAUACAGCUAUAAUAAGGCAUAUAGGGCAAAAUAAGCAUGCAGAUUAAAAUAUUUUGGGUUUCACUUUUUGUGGUUCUUGUUUCAUGCUUUCAUAAUGUUUGCGGUCAAAGCGGCGAAGGCCUACCUUUUGAGCACGGUGAGAGGUAUGAAGUCGGUUUUGCUGUUUGCAACAGUCAUGCAGCAGAUGGAAGUAUUUCAUCAUCUGUAAUGUACGACGAAUGUAACUCCUUCUGUUGUGGAGGGCAAGUUAUUUUGAAUUCAACGCAUUUGGAUUGCUGUGGUAGCAGGGACUUCGGUUCACCUUAUUCCAAACGGUACGAAAGAUGUUGCGAAUGGUGGACCGGCCACGGACGUGCUCAUUCGAAACGAUCAUUCAAUUACGGCAGUGUUGGUUGCUGUGGAGCAAGCGUUAUAGACUGGGGAAGGGACAGGUGCUGUUAUGGUGACAGUCGAAUCGUUCCAUCGGUAUUCUACUAUAGAAGACAAAAGUGUUGUGGCGGAAGAGUGAUCCCAAUUUCUCGUACUCUUGCUAAUCACUGGGACGCUGGUUGUUGCGGAACAACAUCUACUUAUGAUAAACGUCGUCAGUCAUGUCCAUGCGAUGAUGGGCAGGUAGUGGACGCUCCUAGCUCAAGAACUGGGUGCUGCAGGUCGCCAUACGGAGGAACUGCACCUUAUAUACCAGACACACAGAUAUGCUGCAACGGUGUGGUUGGCAACAAGACCAACAAUUUUUGCUGCGAUAAUUUAUCAGCUGUUGGUGUGGUUGGCGAAUCGGUUUGUUGCGGUGGAAAUUUGGUUACCAUUAGCCCGCCUAAUGCUAACUUGACGGAGUGCUGUAAUGGAAGUCCAUACGACCCACGGUUUAACGUGUGCUGUAAUUCCAGGUUAAUGGGAGUUGUGGAAGGGGCAAACCAAUGUUGUGGAGCUGUCCCUUAUAGCGAGACCAAGUCCAUUUGUUGUGAUCUUUCACUUUGGAGUCGGGAGACUGAAGGCACUGAAUGUUGUGGUCGAUCUGCUUACUUUCCCGACCAAGGUCUGGCAUGCUGCCAAGGAAGGGUAUUCCUCGUGGACGCAUUUGGUGGCGACACAUGUUGUGGACUUCAAGUUGACAGUAUGCAGUAUUAUUAUCGUGACAGUAAUGAGUUCGUUUGUUGCAAUGACGUCCUAAACGACUCUCCUUCAAGUACUUCCAGUUCCUGCUGCGGCACUCGGGCUUACGACACUUCUACAUCAAUCUGCUGCGACGGGCAGAUCUUUGACAAAGCUCUUGGUAGCAGUUGCUGCAACGGGAGUCCAUAUUUCCCGAGCAGCAGACACAUAUGUUGUGGUAAUGGACCAUUUGGACCGUUCGCCACUCCAAGGUGCUGCGGAGGCGAAGGGUUCGAUAUUCAAGGAGGGACUGUGUGUUGUGGUGGUCGUGUGUAUGGAAAGUACAGGUCUCCAUCGUGUUGUGUAGAUGUUGGUUAUGACGUCACAAAACACACUUGUUGCGGUUCAUCAAUCCUCCCCAACCCUCAUGGUACAACUGAGGCAUCGUGUUGCGGAUCCUACCCGUAUGAUAGGAAGACAGAACUCUGCUGUCAGGGAACCAAUGUUACGAUACCUGCCAGUAUCCCGAAAUACAAAGCCCAAUGUUGUGAAUCCAAUGGUGUGUACAAUCCAGACACUCAGUUGUGUUGCCUUGGCAAUGUCUUUACCAAAAUAAACAGAUAUACAAGCAAAUGCUGCGGAUCGGCAAUGUACAGUUCAAGGUCACAGAUAUGCUGCGACCCUCAGGACGGAACUGAACCAAUUCUGUAUCCGUUGACAAGAUUUGGUUUAAACAGCGCUUGCUGUGGUGCCGUCAUAUUUAACACCACUGCUGAGUUUUGUUGCGAGGGAAGGCUUACUCCGAAGACAUACACUCAGAGUGAUUGUUGUGCGGGAAGAAUUUACAACAGAGAGGAAAAUAUUUGCUGUCGAAACGAACUGCAACCGAUUGGGCGAAACGUCCCAUGGAGUCGAGCCGAGUGCUGUGGUGGACGAUGCUACUUCAGGGGGCCUCAAAGUUGUUGCAAUGAACGUAUUUACAUGGCCCAGGUUCGCAGUAACGUGACAUGUGACAUUUUCUAAGUUAUAUGGAUGCGAAGAAGGCGAAGCGACUAUGAUAUACAUUUUCAGUAGUGGAAGCUCGGUGUUUAAAAUUUACUGUUUCAAAAUAAACAAACAGAAAAUUGU